CACUUGGCACAGUGUUUGAGGAAUGCUACUAGAUUAUAUUGUUUGUUGACUCUUGUAGUGCAGUAAUUAACAUGUGUCUUUGAGCUGGAGGUCAAAGCCAUAGCAGACACAGGUGGUUGGGGGUCCUACAAAGUGUUGGCAUGUCAAGGUCUUUCAUCCCAUGGAUCAGUCCGUUAAUGGCCCGUCAGGUUGUAUUCGUGCAUACACAAGAGCAGGCAGGAGCUUUGUCUUAAAGAGCACAUUGGCAUUUGUCACAGAAUAGGGCGUAUGUAGUUUCUCAAGGUUACUGCGCUCGUGCAGAGCAAAUCAGGAGACUUAUAUUUAGCCUUGCAAAUGGCGCUCUAUGGAUUAUGUCUUGGGGCUCUCCAGUUUCGUCUUCAGUGCGUUUUGCUGCAUGGAGGGGGGUUAUGGACCCUGCAUAAGCUGCCAUUCAGGGAAGAGUCUAUUUAAGGAAUCCAGCAGACCCUCUCAAGUUGGCCUUGUAUGUACUGCAAAGGACAACUCUCACUGCUAGAACCAUUCUCUUUCAAACAAGGCCUUUAGCAUUUGGGAUUAAAAAUGGAUGUACUAGCCCUAGAGGCCAAAAAUGUAGGUACAGCAGAACCUGAAAAGAAGUCUGCCCCAAGGCCCAAACCGAAGGCUCCCAAAAAGGCCAAACGGAUUGUGUACUUUGAAGUUGAGAUCUUGGACGCUAAGACCAAGGAGAAACUUCUACUGCUGGACAAGGUGGAGCCAACUGCCACUAUUUUGGACAUCAAAGCUUUGUUUCAAAAAUCAAAUCCAAAGUGGUACCCAGCUAGACAGUCCCUACGACUGGACCCAAAGGGCAAGUGUCUUCGAGAUGAAGAUGUUCUCCAGACACUUCCUGUGGGAACCACCGCCAGCUUUUACUUCAGUGAUCUAGGACCUCAGGUCACAUGGGGCACUGUAUUUCUGACCGAGUGCGCAGGCCCGCUCAUCAUCUAUCUCAUGUUCUACUUCCGCCUCCCUUUCAUAUAUUCACCCAAAUAUGACUUCACCAGCAGCAAGCACUGGGUCGUACAUUUGGCCUGUAUGUGUCACUCUUUCCACUACAUCAAGCGCAUUCUGGAGACGCUCUUUGUCCAUCGCAUCUCACAUGGGACUAUGCCACUCAGAAACAUAUUCAAAAACUGUGGUUAUUACUGGUGCUCUGCAGCUUGGAUGGCCUACUACAUAAACCAUCCACUCUACACUCCGCCCUAUUAUGGUCAGCAACAGGUGAAUACAGCUUUUUAUAUUUUCCUGUUUUGUCAAUUGGGGAACUUUUCAAUCCAUGUAGCUCUCCGGAACCUCAAAUGUCAAGGGUCAAAGGUUAAGAAAAUUCCUUACCCAACAAAGAAUCCUUUCACCUGGAUUUUUGCCCUGGUCUCAUGUCCAAACUACACCUAUGAGCUGGGCUCUUGGAUCGGCUUCACGGUGAUGACCCAAUGUGUGCCAGUGGCUUUCUUCACUGCGGUGGCGUUCAUCCAGAUGACCGUGUGGGCCAAGGGCAAACACAGGAGCUACUUAAAGGAGUUCAGAGAUUACCCCACUCUGCGCUCCUCCAUCCUGCCCUUCAUCUUGUAGAGCCAGGAACAAACAGUGGCCUAUAGACCUCUUUAUGUCGAGCAGAAAUUGACCAUAAACCACUUAGAGAUGUGCCAAAGGGAAGCGCAGCUGUGGUUGUGGCCUUCAAUGGGAUUUUGAGUAAAGUCUUAAUUUAUGUUUUAGUAGUGCAUAAAUGUCUAUGUAUUCUAUGUCCCAUGAACAUGAAUAGGCCUAAAAGUAUUCAGCCUUUGCAAAUAAGUUAUUUUGGCUACCUCAUAUGUUUUUUUUAAUUAAUUAUCCCAUGUGACUAUAUAAUCAAUACAACAGUUCAUCAAUCUCAUUUUUUUCUGUGGGUGCCCCAACAAGUGACAUGCUUGUCUUAGACUAACAUGUACCAAAUGUCCAUGUUAGUCAUGUUAGACGCACUAAGGAAACCUGUCAAGAGCACUGGGUCACUGCGGUGCAGAGACCAGGAAACCCUCUCCAGAUAUUCAGAGCCAGCAUGUUGGUCAACUGGAGUCACAUUUUGUGCAUGUCUAAGGUUUAGAUUCACGGGGAAACUGAAGCAUCAGGGAAAAUAAUAACAGAGAGAGAACAUGUUAGCUCCAUACGAACAGACAUGGGCUGGGCAUCAAACCAGUGAUGACCUUUUUCAGGUGAGACUGCCAAUAAGACUGGAUGUUGAAUUGACCCUUGUAAUUAUAAAUUACAAAACCAAAGGACAGUGGUAUCUAAACUGUAUUUUCUUGUUCUUUUCAAAAUUAGAUAUUGCACUGUUUUUAGUACCAUAUCCUGUGCAAUCUAAAAAUCUUUUCAGAACUGAAAAAGCAGGCUCCUGAAAUGCAUUAUUGAAAUGGUGUGCAGCCUGGAGCUGACAUGUGUGGCCCUGUGUGAAUGAUGAUCAGAAUGACCUUCACUCUGUGAUCGUCAAAUUAGUCUUGGAUUUUAAAUGUAUCGCUGUUUUCAGCUUUGCCUGUUCCCCAUUUAUGGAUACACUUAAUACUGUUUCAGAAAGGCCUUAACCAAGCAUUUUCCUCUGCUUGGUUAUCAACAUUAAAUUAUCAUUGAUAUAACAGAGGAAAUCAAUCUGUUUACAUGUGUUUUGUCUUUUUCAAAUUGUGCGUUGGUUUGGGAGUAUAUAUGGUAUAUUAGUGU